AUGUUUCUGAAUAUUCCAUUGCUUGACGACAUCUUCAAGGGUCGUAAGAACAAUCGCAAGCAGCCGCUAGAAGAUUAUGUGGAUCGUUUGCACUACUAUGUGACAGUUUAUGUUCUUUGCAUUUUUGCGUUACUCGUCGGCGCGAAACAGCACUUUGGAAAUCCCAUCGAUUGCUUCAUAUCGGCUGAUUAUGACAAAGUCCGCACUUGGCAGGCCUACAUACUCGAUUACUGCUUCAUGCAAGGUACUUACCGUUACGAACUCGGUAUCAACAGGACGACCCCCUACCUGAAUGGUCGCGAUCCAGCAAACACAAAUUAUAUUUCCAUAAAAUAUUAUCAGUGGGUUCCGUUCUUUUUCGCCUUUCAAUUGUUGUGUUUCAUGGUGCCGGAUAUUUUCUGGAUCUAUGUGCAGUCAUAUCUAUAUAUUGAUAUGUCCAUGGUAGUAACGGAGUGUUCGGAGCUAAAUGCAGAAAAACGUUCGAGUAAUCGUUCUUCGAAGUUGAGCAAUAUCGCGGAUUACAUAUUCAGCUAUUUCUACUACAGGAAGAUCGCUCGUCGUGGCCUAAUCUCCUCAGUAUUCCGAAUGCCAGCUGUGGCGACCGUUUUCUAUGGAAUUACGAAGUUUCUUUACCUUAUGAAUGCCGUCCUGCAGCUUUAUCUCACUACCUACUUCCUUGGAUUCCCUGAUAACUGCUUGGUCUCCUUCAUGGUGCCGGGACGGUGUCUACUUGACCGUUCUGACACUAAAGCGGAUCGUUGCACUUGUCCGGAUUGGUACAACGGUGGACCAAAUAUGCCCACGAGCGUGUGGCGGCGUUGA